AUGCGGGGGAUUGUGCACCACAUAGUGAUCGAUCCGCGUCAUCGAGAGCUGGAGCAGCCGUCCUCUCUGAUUGCUAUUGUAGUCCUCGCAAUUGUGUCUAUUCUAGCUGUCGGGUUCUUCCUCCUGUAUGUAUCCUGGGUCUCCCUCCAUGCGUUCUUGGAGAGACGAGGCAUCAUACGGGGCGGCACAUGGGAGCGCUCGUUCUUCCGCACGCAAUUAGGAGCGUACACCGUCUCUCUACUCAUGAGCAACUUCAUCAUGAGCAUCGGCUUCAUUAUAAACGUGCGCUGGGUCGAACUGAAGCGUGUUGACAAAGGCUCCCUUUGUACUGCCCAAGGCGCUCUGACGGAAUUGGCCAACACCGCGACCGCGUAUUUCACGGCGGCUAUCGCAGUUCAUGUUUUCAACAGCCUCGUCUGUCACCAUAAGCUGCCAGCGUGGUUUUGUGGCUUUGCGGUCGUAUCUGGAUGGGUAAUUUCAUUGAUCAUCUCCGUCAUUCCUUUGAUGAUCAAGAACGCCCCUAUGGGCCCUAUUUAUGCUUUCGGCGGCAUCUCUUGUGGGAUUUCUAAAUAUUACCCGGCUGUACGGGUCCUUUUUCGACUCAUCCCAGUAUUCUUCGCUAUAGUCAUCUCCAUUGUCUUCUAUUUCAUGAUCUACCUAAUCCUGCGCGGCACCCUCGAUAUUCAGCAGGGUCUGCAUAUCAACCUAAGGGAGGAUAUGCGCAUGAGUAUUAUGAGCAACUGCGAGAGGGCUCCUGGAUAUCGCAAAUUCAUCGUUGCAGUGGUGAAAAGCAUGAUAUGGUACCCUGGUGUAUACGGGUUCCUCUCGUUGCCAUCAAUGGUGGUCGAUUUGAUGCAGGUUGCCGACGAUCCUGUCCCGUUCGGACUGCAUGUUUUCGGGGACGCUUUUCUAGCACUACUUGGCUCUGCGAACUCACUCAUUCUGCUGAACACCUUGCGGCUUCUCAGCCCUUACCUCCUAACAUCCUGCAAUCAGGACAAUGGCAGCAUCAUGAGUGACGACUCAAAUAGCUUCUACGCUGGACAAGCAUCGCCGCUGGAUGGAAUGCGCACUUUUGCUACCCCUGACCUCUCUGAGAAGGAUCGUAUUGGCUCGAAACGUGGCUCCGACGUGGAAUCACUGACUGAAAUGGACAUGCCCGUACUCGUCAUAAGUCCUGUUCCUCCCGUCUACUUCGCAGCUCCCCGCGACAAACAUUUUGGAAGUACAGUCAGUUUACCCAACAUGUCCCCAACUGGUCUCCUCGAUGGAGUGCCUUCCAGCGACAAGACAGACGCAGCGACUAUUCACUUGCCUUCGUAUCGACCCAUUACGCCCGUGUCGGUCCUCAACGCACUGGUCUCCCCUCCUACAACACCUAAUGAACCAGAAUCAAGACGAAGCGGACCUACGUCAAAUCGCGAGCGUCCAUUGCCAAGCUUGCCUGCUCCUCCCCGUCGGACGCGCUCGCCAGUUGCGCGUCAACCAUCAGUGGUGGACGAUGGUAUACCAGCAAGCAACUCCAUCCACAUAUCCCCUGCAUCGGCCAACCCUCCAAUUGCUUCGUCCAUGCCACAGGACGCGACGGCAGACUCAAUAUUGCCAGCACGCCGCGACACACUCGGCGCGGAAAUCCCCCCGCGACCCUUCCCACGACCCAGUAUGGAGGCAGUGAACGCCACACGUCGUCAGGGCGUACUCCUUUCUCCGCCCACGAUGUCCAGCCUGCUCAGCCCGCCGAGCAGCCGGGCGACGUCGGUGGCAAGCUCGUUCGGGCCUCCUGGUCUGCCUUCCAACCCGCGAGCGUACAAGGCGCUGUACGAGCAACAGCCUUCCCAAGGACAUCCUGCGUCUUUCUUGUGGUCCGAUAGUUACGCGGGCGCACAGCGCGGCGAUGCUGUUGCAGCUACCGGCAGAGUGCAAGGCAGCAACCGCCCCAUGUCGUCGGGAGCCGGUGCUGUCAAUGCAAGCAGGGAGGCGAUCCUCGGCCUAGACCCCAAUCUGCCAAGGUCAGGUGUUGAUCCUGGAGCCUUGCGUGCGAACAUAUCACUGCCAGAUAUUCGUCUUGCGGCAAGGCUUGGGGCAAAGCCCGUAGGCUAUAUCUAA